AUGAAUGGAAGAGAGCUCAGCUCACAGGUCGUUGAUCACGUGUCAGCUCUGAGUAGUCGUAUUGAUGUCAAGAAAGCCAAUGGGAAGUGUCCAAUGUGCCAAGAAUUUGAGGUCAACACCAUCCGUCAGUAUAGAUCACACAUCGGCCACCAUCUCGAACAAAUUGCACUAUUUGCACUGCCAAACACGGACGACUCCGAUGGGAAUGGGAACGAGAACGAAGAAUCUCAGGAAAACGAGGAUGACGACAGGAUCGAAGACGAGCCGAAAGGUGGCAGCAAGUCGGCAGAGGUGGAUGUCACCAAGAUCGACAAUACCGACAUGGAUCUCAUUGAUACUUCUACAAAAUGA